AUGGCGCUUCUACCUUCAGUGAAUAUUCAAACUCGGCUAUCUUACCUUUCUUUGCGCCCGCGGCGGGCGGCGGGCGGGGUGGCCCCCACUGCGCCCGCGGCGGGCGGCGGGCGGGGCGGCCCCCACUGCGCCCGCGGCGGGCGGCGGGCGGGGCGGCCCCCACUGCGCCCGCGGCGGGCGGCGGGCGGGGCGGCCCCCACUGCGCCCGCGGCGGGCGGCGGGCGGGGCGGCCCCCACUGCGCCAUUGUCCAUUUGUUCCCACUGCAACUCUAUGCAGCAGCAGCAGCAAGCACUCCAGCCACACCACGGCUGCACGAGAACGAGAAGGAGGCGAAGAAGUUGCGGAUGGAUGCUGAGGAGAACCGACCAGCCCGCAGGAUGGAUGCCACGGAAGCAGAGGCCAAUGAGCUGAGAUGGGUACUGGAGGAGUUUGAGAAGAAAGUGGAGGAAAGGAAGCGAAGUCAAAGGUACUACAGUGGGCCAGCUUGCAGUAUGGAUGACAUGGAGGCAGAGGCCAGGGAGCUGAGGAGAGUAUUAGACGAGUUUGAGAAGAAGGCGAGAAGUCAAGGAGGAAGUUAA